AGUCCCAGGACACCCUUGAAGGUGAAAGAGUGUCACUGUUGUCUGAGGUAAAAAAAAGAUACAACAGUUCUGUUAUCAAGGAGAAGAUGGCCAAAACAUUUGCGUAUAGGAGACAGGAGGUAGUCAGAGACAAACCCAUGAUUGCAGAGUUCAAGACUAGAUGGCCAGGACUGUUUACUGUGCCUGAGGUGGAAGCAGAAUUUCUGAGGAUUACCACUGUUCCCCUCGUAACAACUUUUUUUGGACAACUUGACCACCACGCUGAUCAGCUCAUCAGAGUGCUGAAGACGACUGGUGGAUCAAAAGGAAAUAGAAUUAACCUCACCUUUGCCCCGACUGCACAGAAUGAAACUGUUGAAAAGAAGAGGGAGUGCCUCCUUAAGGCACUUUGUCUCUAUUUAAAUGAGGAUCCAAGCAGUCUCUUCAAAGAGUAUCUGGAUUCAGAUGGCUGUUCUGCAGAGAGAGACCUUGAACAAGUUGUCUUUGGCAUCUACAGCAUUAAUGUUGAGGGAGCUGAUGCCACCACCAAGCCAGCUGAUGUUGGAAUAGUGAUCGAGGGUGUUGAAGUGCUUCACGACUUGGGAGACAUCGCUUCUGCAUGUGCACUCUUAAUGGGUGUCAUAUAUGCAAUGAACCUCAGUUAUCCUCAGGAACUGAAAACAUUUUUUGAGGUGCUUCAGAAAAUCUUCCUCCAGCUGGAUGCUACCAGGCUCUCAACCAAGGUACAGAUGCUUAAAAACAAACUGUAUGAGUAA